AUGAGUAAGAUCUCACAGGCCUUGCAGGGCCUCAAAAGAUUCACUACGUGCGAUAUCGGUGACGCGCUUGUGAAGUUGAAGCAACCCUAUGGCGGAUUCUUGGAUGGACUCAAUAUGUAUUCGCCAGGCGGCGGAACUAGCAUUUACGGGCCAGCUAUCACAGUGAAAAUGGUUGAGACAAACAGCCCUGGCCCGACGCCGCCGAUUCAUUUCGCCGAUGCGAAUAAGGAAGGCCACAUCAUGUACAUUCAGCAACCCAAGGGCCUGUAUUCAGCUUGCUGGGGUGGCCUGAUGUCGACCCGGGCGCAGAAACUUGGUGCAUUGGGUGUCAUGGUUGAUGGUCGCAUACGUGACACACAGGAGCACAUUGAUAUGAAGUUCCCGGUAUUUGCGAAUGGAACGUCUGUUCUCGGUUCUAACACCUUCACACGUGCUUCAGAGAUCAACGUCCCCUUGCAGUUCCGGGGCGACCUGUGGAUCUACCCCGAGGAUAUCCUCGUCGGCGAUGAAAAUGGAGUGGUGGUUGUCCCGCCUUCUUUGACCGAGCAGGUUGUCGAACUCUGCCAAGAACGAUUUGAUAUCGAUGAGAAGACCAUGGAGGCACUGCGGGCCGGUGAGCCCAUGGGUUCGACCAUCAAGCGAUUGCGCAAGUAG